AAUCUGACGAAAGAGUGGGCUGUGCCCUCGGUGCGAGGGAGCUCUUCCAUUCCCCUCAAUGACCACAUUUGCUCGUGCAGUACACAGCAGCAGCAACAGUGUGGUGCUCUGGGUCUCCAGCUCUGCCCGGCAGACGAAUCUCCAGCUCUCUGCACAUCUGCAAGCCAAGUCUUUCAUGUUCUGCCGUGUGUGAAUGCUGCCCAACUGCACCAGGAAAAUGGGCACAGGGGAUUAUCUCUGCAUUGCAAUGAGCGGAGGGGCGCCGUGGGGCUUCAGGCUGCAAGGGGGCAAGGAGCAGAAGCAGCCUUUGCAAAUCGCCAAGGUUCGCAGCAAAAGCAAAGCAGCCAAGGCUGGACUGUGUGAGGGGGAUGAGGUGGUGUCUAUCAAUGGCAAGCCUUGUGGAGACCUGACCUAUGCUGAAGUCAUUGUCCUGAUGGAAAGCCUGACUGAUGUCCUGCAGAUGCUUAUCAAGAGAUCCUCCAGUGGAAUAAAUGAAACCUUGAACUCUGAAAGAGAAAAUGGGAAGCACGAGAACAUAAAAAUUGAGGACUAUAGGGAGAGCACCACACUGCAAAUGAACACAACGCAAGAGAUACCCCGUGGAGAUUUAUGCAUCACAGAGAUUUACAGUGGGACUCACCACGGAGCAGCAGAAAGCAACACACACUUUUCUGAAACAAAACAAGAGACCACACAAAGCCACAGAAUUCCUCCUAAAGUGAUAGGCACGCCCAAAGUGAUCGUGACAGACGAGGAAGAAAGGCCAGGUGCUGUGGUUGAGCUGCAGCUGUCCCUCUCCAAUGACGCACACAAGGCCACCAGUGCUCCUGCCGUGACUCUCUUGGGGACAGAAAAGUGCCCCCCUUCAGGCAGAGGAGCCAGUGCACACCAGGACGGGAGCAGCCCCCUCAUCGCAGUCCCCCUGGCUGUCAAGGAGGGCAACAUCCAGUGGUCAAACAAAAUAGUCCACUUUUCUAGCAGCAAGGAGGUCAAGAGGAUCCAAGGUGCAGCCCCAUCCAUCCCCAGGGUGGAGGUGAUCCUCGACUGCUCAGACAGGGAGAAGGAAGCGGCCAGGUCUCCCUCUGAAAGGGGGUGUGUUGAUUCUCAAGUAGAAGGAGGGCAGUCAGAAGCACCUCCUUCCCUCCUCUCCUUUGCAAUCCCACCAGAAGCCACAGCGCAGGGAGAAGACAGCAAGCACUCGGAAAAGGAACACAGACCUCUCAAGCACAGGGCAAGGCACGCAAGGCUCCGACGAAGCGAGAGCCUGUCGGAGAAGCAGGUCAAAGAAGCCAAAUCUAAAUGUAAAAGUAUUGCACUGCUGCUGACAGCAGCUCCCAACCCCAAUUCCAAGGGGGUGUUGAUGUUCAAGAAGCGCCGCCAAAGGGCGAGGAAAUAUACUUUAGUCAGCUACGGGACUGGGGAGCUAGAACGUGACGAGGACGAGGAGGAGGAGGGUGAAGGUGAAGAGGGGGACAAGGAAAACACUUUUAAGGUGAGUUUGCUUGCAACGAGUGAGUCGGAAAUAGAUGAAGAUUUUUUCUCUGACAUUGACAAGGACGGUAAGAUCGUGACGUUUGACUGGGACAGUGGUCUGCUUGAGGUGGAAAAGAAGACAAAAAGUGGAGAGGAGAUGCAGACGCUUGCAGACAGCACGGGGAAAGGGGCCCUCAUGUUUGCCAAGAGGAGGCAGAGGAUGGAUCAGAUUACAGCAGAGCAAGAGGAGAUGAAGGCAAGCACAGUACAGACAGAGGAGCACAGGGAAACCACCGUGACAGAGAACUUCCAGAAAGUGAGCUCUUCCGUAUAUCAGUCAAAAGAGGAGGAGAUGUCAAGACAGCAGACCUGUGUGAGCAAAAGCUACACAGACGUGAGCCAGAAUCACAGCAAAGUGGUACAACAAAAUGGCUUUGGCUUAGCACCUGGCACAAACCUCCCUUUUCAGUCCUCUGGAACUCAAAAGACAGCAUCUUUGAAUAAAACAGCAAAGCCCUUUGCUUCUGGAGUUCAAAACCGAGCAGCUGCGCCAUUUUCACCCGUAAGAAAUGUCACCAGUCCCCUUUCAGAUGCAGCAGCACCACCCCCUUACUGCUCUGUCAGCCCACCAGCUGAGGCUUUCUACAGACCUGUCUCAGCUCCUGUGGCCAGCAAGGCUGCCCCGCCCGCGUGGGCAGUCCCCGAGCCCACGGAACACAUCGCGUCCAGGGAUGAAAGGAUUGCCGUGCCAGCCAAAAGAACCGGCAUACUGCAGGAGGCAAAGAGAAGAAGCACUUCCAAACCUAUGUUCAAUUUCAAAGAUGCACCCAAAGUAAGUCCUAACCCUGCCCUGCUGUCCCUUGUACACAACUCAGAGGGCAAAAAAGGGACCGGAGCUGGUUUUGAGUCAGGACCUGAAGAAGACUACCUCAGUUUGGGAGCAGAAGCUUGCAACUUCAUGCAGACACAAGCAUCUAAACAAAAGGCCCCUCCUCCUGUUGCUCCAAAGCCUUCACUCAAGCUGUCUCCUUCUGCUGGUACUCCAGUUUCACCAGUUUGGUCACCUUCAGCUGCAGCUCCCAACAAGCCUCCUUCUUUCCCAGCACCAGCCUCACCGCAGGCAGCGUAUCCCGCACCACCGAAAUCUCCACAGUAUCCUCAUUCUCCUGUCCAUCCCCCAAGCACUCUCGACCUUGCUGGUCCUUUCAAAGGGCCUCAGGCCAGCCUGGCAAGUCCAAACCUUGCCCCCAAGGCAACACCAGUCACUCCAAGUGCUGGAGAAACAAAGCCUCCCUUCGAGAUGCCACCAGCUAUGAGUGGGAAAGGAGCACAGCUGUUUGCCAGGAGGCAUUCCCGAAUGGAGAAGUAUGUGGUGGAUUCAGAGACUGUGCAGGCAAACAUGGCACGAGCCUCAUCUCCAACUCCAUCUUUACCAGCUUCUUGGAAAUACUCAUCUAAUGUCCGAGCACCUCCACCUGUUGCUUAUAAUCCCAUCCAUUGCCCGUCUUACCCUCCUGCUGCUACCAAGGCUUCCUCCAAGGCCGCUGCUGCUACCAAGAACACAAAAAGAAAACCUAAGAAAGGUCUCAAUGCUUUGGAUAUUAUGAAACACCAACCUUACCAACUCGAUCCAUCUUUAUUUACUUUCCAGCCUCCUAAGGAAAGCCUUGCCAUGAAGCAGACCUCAAAGCUGUCCCCUUCAAAGCAAACACUGCCUUUACCUUCCUACCUUCCACCUGGUGUUGGCUCUCCCACAAGGGCCCGGCCUUCUUCGGUCUACUCUGUGCCAGCUUACGGCUCCCAGCCUUCCUUCCCGUCCAACGCCUCUCUCCCAGGGAAUGAAUCCUAUUCACCCACAGGCUACUCUGCCUUCUCUAAGCCAGAAACCACCACAUCCUCUUUGUUUACUGCUCCGAGGCCAAAAUUUUCAGCCAAGAAAGCUGGCGUCACUGCACAGGAUCCUUUUCCAGAUUUGCUAGCUUUAAAAUUCCAAACCCUUUGGUUCUAAAAAGAUUCCCUCUUCCAGUCUUGCCUUUUUACAUGAUGCAACUGUCUUUACCUGAAGUCAAACACCCGGGAUUCCACUGAUUGCUUUGGUGGUUUGGCAUGGCAAGUGCAAAUCUUAAUUACACAGCUUGGCAUAAUGGCAUUUAUAAUGACUCUGCUCAACUUGGAAUUGAAACACUAUACAAAGAAGAAACUUGACAAGAUCUUCAAAACCCUGUGGAUUCAGAAGCUCUGAAUAAUUCACUGCUCUUGGUAGAUCUCUUGGGAAAAUAUGUGAGCCUGGUAAUUUCACAGCAGUCUUGGUGCCCCCAUCAAAACCUCACAGUACCCAAGACAACAAUUGAUCUAAUUUUACAGUAGACAUUACUUUACAUGCCAUUACAUAAAGGAGAAGUCAGAAUCACUCAAGACUUAUGUUUGAUAAGUGGUUUUCAGGCUGGUUGCUUACUAAAGGAAGCACUUCAGGUUUUUAUAAAAUGAUUUAAAAAGUAGGAAAAAUCCUGAAGAUCUAUGUUGAAAUUAUACCUAUAGAUGCAGACUUGAACUCUUCCUUUACAAGUUAAGACAAACCUUAUGACAUUAAUCUCAUGGGUUUAAUAUUUGCUUUUGCUUCCUUAAGUAAGGCAGGCAAAGACUUUUUCUUUUUGUGCUCAUCAAGUCUCCAGUUACCCUCUACAGCAUUUAAAGGAAAAAUCUAUUCCUGAUUGUACUGAUCUUGACAAACUUUUUAAAUGCAGUGCAUGUGAAAAGGAUGUGCAGGUUUCUCCCUUAGGCUGAGAAACCUCAGCUAUGAGAAAAUAACUUCCUGAACUUACAGAUUGACUAUCUGGAUGAAGGCUUCCUGUGUGGGGAAUUAAUAUAAAACCAGCAUUUUAAACAAGAAUCCUGAUUCUUUUGUAUGUUUUAAAGACAGAAAUCUUAAACCAAAGACUACCCUCAAAAUUACAGGCAAUUAAAAGAGAAGAUGCUAUAAAAUAACCUGAAAAUAACUAGGUCAUUUCUAAAUAGGUGUCAAGGCUGAUCUGUAGAACAGAUGGAGUGUUUCUCUUGAUAUUUCUAUCUAGAUCUGAAACAGCAGAUUGUAAUGGUUUUAAGAAACAUACAACAAACAGAAGAAAAGGAAGAACAUUACAGAACAAAUCACGGGAGCAUGUUGGAUUACAAAGGAUCACAUGGAGCACAACUGAUUGAGAAGCAAAGAAUUCAGUACAUUUAUAUUAGGAGCAAAAAUUUCCAUAUAGUAUAUUUUCAGAUUUUUUUAAAAAAGAUCCUUUUUUCCUCAAGCCCAUAAAUAGCUACUAGUGAUUUUUGUCUUUGAUUUGUGAGAAUGCUACUCCUCAGAGGCUCACUAUGCAGGUUGAUGUUGGUACAUAGCUCUAUACUGCAAACAGAAGCAAAAUAUCUGGCAUCUGGGUACUCUUGGUUUUCUUCCUAGAUUACUGAAGUAGUACUGAUGCAAGCACCUGACACUGUGUAAGCAGAAUUAUGAGAAAAACAUUAUUAAACACUACUGUUUGGAUUGCAAAGUGAGACACUUGGAAUUAUUGUUGCCUUGCAAGCUUAAUCCAACAUCCUUGGUUUGUGUGGCCAGAAAUCUGCAAUCAUGUCAUAUCUGGGGUUUUUUGCUGUAGGACUCCAAUCAGGGAUGCCCAUCUGACAAACAGCUCUUUGCUACUUUGUUUUGACAUCAUUCCAUGCUCAGCACCAUUCCUUACUCAAUGCACACUCGUCAGAAGGUGCCCUUCAUACAGAAUUAUUUUCUUAUGGAUUUUUGCUGUUAGGACCCAAAUAAUUCAGAAGCCAGAGUUCAUCCUUGCACUGCUGCAUUCUACAAAUGAGUGAACAGUGCAUGGAUUGAGCAGCACUGACACCAGGACACUCUGUGGCCCUGGGUGUCCAGUUCAAGGCACUUCAAGGCAUCUCCAGAGCCUAGCAGCACAUGCUUCAGUUACUCUGUCAGUGUGAUCCUUAACAUCCCUCUGUGAGUGUUAACAGCUGCCAGACUCCAGGUGGAAUUCCAGAAAGGGAAUCCUCAGUCACCAGCUAUGAAUUUCAAACAGAAAAAGCACCAUUUUUUACAAUAUAUUCUUGUGUUAGAGAACCCUCAUAUUUCCUAAAUUAAUUCCUAAAAUGGCACUGGUGGGGCAGAAAUCCUGAAAUUUAAGCCAUGGUGCUUUCAUUUCAGAGCUUUGGACGAGCUGACCUUCCAACUUCGAGGCAGCUUUUUAAGACCCAAAACAAACCCUGGAAGACUAUCUUGAAGCCCACUAUAACAGGGGGGUUGAACCACCAGAUACUUGCAGGAAUGAAUAAACUCCCCCUGCCUCACAGGAAAUGGGGCUGUAAAAUCACAGUGCUGCUAUUGAACCUGCAUAAAGCUCUCAGUGCCAAUGUUCACACACGGGGACAUUUACACUGACAUAUGGGACACUUUAGACACAAAGAUUUGUGUCAAACCAGUUCCAAAGCAGGCAGUGGUGCCACAUCUCUAGGUAGAAAGGUCAGAAAAUAAGGCCAACUUUGUACUGGUAGCUGUGCAAUAUAAAAUCCAGAAGGUGGCAGCAAAUAUUCUUCCAUACAAGAAAUAAAUAGUUUAUUCCAAGGAACCCUAAGAUGCCUGUGGCCAGAAGUUUCAGACAUUUGCUUUCUAUAGGCAUAAAUGUACUGUAUUUUGAGAACUGCAUGUGGAUGAAGAUUAAAUGGUAAUGAAAAGCUGAUUUUUUUUCAUUUGCACAGGUGCAAAGUGAGCUAACUAAAUUAUUUAUGACAAAUUAGUCUUGGUUUUUAACCACACAGGCAUUGUGCAGUAGUGAAGGCCUAAUUCUAAUAAUUUACUUCCCUCUUCUACCAUUACUUGACAACUAAAAAGGACUAUUUUCAAAAGCAAAAUUUGUCACAAAUUUUGUCACAAAGCUUAUGUGAGCUGGCUGACAGUAACUGCUUCAUUGGUUUGGAUACAAAUCAUGGAAACAAGAUUGUUCUCACUUGAAAUAACACCACAUUUAGAAACAAUCUGAAUUUAGAAUAAAUUAGAUUCCAGUCCUAAAAUUCCCUAUAAGUUUUCAGAAUCAAGCCCUGACAAGACAGCUUUGAGGAAGUCAGGAUCAGGCCUGAACUAUGUGAUUCUAAUCUCUUCCUGGUCUCAGUACAGCCACUGACAAGGUUUUAGUUGUUAGACAGGUGAGAUUCCCUCCCUGCCCAGCCAUUAGCCAAAUGUCUUCUUUUUCAUUUUAGUCUACUGUAAAAUAUUUCAAGAGUUUUGAAUAAAAAUUAUUUCCCCAUUUUAUUUCAAAACUUUUGGUAAUUGUAUCGUAAAAUAGCUGUAGCACUUACUGCAGAGCUGGCAGCAUUUCAGAAAGAAAUUAUUUUUUCAUUACAUAAAGUUUAAAUAAUAAAUGGUUUGGGACAAAAAAAAAAUCUGCAAUAAUACUAACAAUAUGUUUCCCUUUCCACACUCUGCUCAGUUAAAAAAGCUGAGUGCUUCUUUUAUGUUAAAAAAAUGGAAAGGAGGAAAGAAUUGAAAGGCAUAAAAAUUCAGUAUAGUUUAUUUUGUCCUACAAUUUUCUCAGUGGUUUGGUCUCUAACUGCAGUGGCCAUUACAAGCCCAUAGAAAGCCAAAGGGGAAAUGCAUCACUCUGGGCUUUUUAUAAAGACAGAGUCACUUUUUGAGAUAAAACAAUUGUUUUAUCUGCUUCCUCCUCCUUUGUCCCCUUUCUGUGUAAAUAGCAUCUAGGCGCUAUUGUCAACUCAGAUUUUAAUGUGCUUUGAUAUGGGAUUAAGGACCAGGCCCAUAAUGAACAGAUAAAAAUAAAACUGCUUUAAUGGCUUAGAGAACAAGGUCCGAUUUUUUCAAGUGACUUCAUUAGGGAGGAGUUUUUGUGGAGAGAGUUUCACUGGACUAUUCAGAGUCCAACCCACGUUUUGUCUCCUUGACUAGUAAAAAGGCAGUUGUGGCACGUAAAUACACACAUACACAGAGUUUUCUAUUUCUACAUUUUCUAUUUUCUAUUUCUAUUUCUGAGACAGAAAAACAGCUGCUGGGAAAUCAUUUCACUAAGUAGUAUUAUGCAUUCUUAUUUAGUCUAUUUCGUCUUAUUUAGUCUAGUCUUUAAAAUUUGCACUAUUUUAUGAACCUAAGUAUUGUUCUUUUUGUCUUUCAGCUUUUCAUAAUUAACAAGAAAAUUGAAAUAGCUUUAAGUUCCAAAUAACCCAUAGCUAAGAGGUGAAAGGAUAGUCCUGUCAUAAAGCAUCAGUUGUGAAACAUGCCAAAACUCCCAUGACAAAACCUCUGAGUGUCAAUACACUUUUUAAAAGAGAUUCAGGCUAAGUAUGACCGAACUGACUGAAAAUUAUGAAAUCUGAAGCCUCUUCCUCAGUUUCCAUCUCUCAUACAGAAGGCGGAUAUUACAACAUGACCUAAAACCUGAAGCAGUGGUUUCAAGUUGUUUAAAUGCACAAGAUCCUGUGGCAGAAAAGAUGUGACAUUUCUAUGUGAAUCUUUGCUAGAUCAGCUAUACCUUGAAUGGUUACACACCUGGUUGUCUGCUCUCUGGUUCAUGCUCUCAGGAAGCUCAUUAGGAAAAGUAACAACAUUAGGGCAGUGUUGUUCAGAUUAAAUUCUAGCAAAGCCUCUGGCCAAAAGAGCCAGGAAUUUCACAGCAGAUUUCAGAAUUAAAGGCAUUUAAGCCUGAGGACAUGAACCAGUGAGUGUAAAUUGGUGAGUUUAGGAAUCACAUUUAUAGAGAUUCAUAAGAACAAGGUAAUUUGUGUGACACAGAGAGCAGGUCUGGGGACAGGCUGUACCUGCUUCGUGCGCUGCCAAAUGGCUGCUGCAGCAGAACCUUCUCACCAACACAGUUUCUGUUUCAAAGUGCUGCAUUACUAAGAAGAUUAGGAUUUGUCAAAAAUGAAUGGAUUGCUCCUAUAAGUGGGUCGGAAUGUACUGAAAUUCCGAGGGCAUUGCCUUUUAAAGAAGCCAAAAGUAGCGUCAUAUUAAGGGUGUUAAGUGAAUGAUUUGAUUAACACCUUUAAUUGCUUGUGUUCACUUUUGUGCCCCAAAAAGUGAAAACUAGGAUAAGUCUAAUAAUUUUUGAGUAAGAAAAGCCUUUCUUAGAAGGAAAUUGCCAAAGAUAUGCUCCUGGACAGAUGUCCUAAACAGAGUCUGUUAUCAAAUAAAUUAGGCUGUGCCCAAUGCUAGAAAGAAUCUUGUAAACACACACAAAACUGCCACAACAUGACUCCCUUCUGCAUUAAGAACAGUCUUUUCAGAGCAAGGGACACCAGCUAAGUAGUGGAAAAGCUGAACAGUUGCUAAUGCCACUGCACUUUUUCAGUAAAAGCCUGUCUUUGGUCUGCUUACUUUCCUCAAAAAUUCAAUUUGCUGUGUCUUUGUUCCUGUUUUCUUUCUCUGCCUCCUGCCUUUCCAGUAAAUUAAAGUUCCGAAAAUAUCCAUAGACAUAAAAAGGACUGCCAGGAUGUCAUGUGCCUUCAGGGUCUUUUGUUCUAGUUUGGAAGUGAAAGGGCUUCCUUUCUUGCUGUUUAAUAACUGUAUUUGGUAUUUUGU